GGGAGGAGAACGUGGCUACUUUCCGAGGCUCCGAGUACCUGUGCUACGACCUGUCUCAGAACCCGAUCCAGAGCAGCAGUGAUGAAAUCACCCUCUCCUUUAAGACCUGGCAACGGAAUGGGCUCAUCCUGCACACGGGCAAGUCGGCCGACUAUGUCAACCUGGCUCUGAAGGAUGGCGCGGUCUCCUUGGUCAUUAACCUGGGGUCCGGGGCCUUUGAGGCCAUCGUGGAGCCAGUGAAUGGAAAAUUCAACGACAACGCCUGGCAUGAUGUCAAAGUCACGCGUAACCUCCGGCAGCACUCAGGCAUCGGACACGCUAUGGUGACGAUCUCUGUGGAUGGCAUCCUUACCACGACGGGCUACACUCAAGAGGACUACACCAUGCUGGGCUCGGAUGACUUCUUCUACGUGGGAGGAAGCCCAAGUACCGCUGACUUGCCAGGCUCACCAGUUAGCAACAACUUCAUGGGCUGCCUUAAAGAGGUUGUUUAUAAGAAUAAUGACAUCCGUCUGGAGCUGUCUCGCCUGGCCCGGAUCGGGGACACCAAGAUGAAAAUCUAUGGUGAAGUUGUAUUCAAGUGUGAGAAUGUGGCCACGCUGGACCCCAUCAACUUCGAAACCCCAGAGGCGUACAUCAGUUUGCCCAAAUGGAACACCAAACGCAUGGGUUCCAUCUCCUUUGACUUUCGCACCACUGAGCCCAAUGGCCUGAUUCUCUUCACUCAUGGCAAGCCCCAAGAGAGGAAGGACACUCGGAGCCAGAAGAACACCAAGGUGGACUUCUUUGCUGUCGAACUCCUCGAUGGCAACCUAUACCUGCUGCUUGACAUGGGCUCAGGCACCAUCAAAGUCAAGGCCACUCAGAAGAAAGCCAAUGAUGGGGAAUGGUACCACGUGGACAUUCAGCGAGAUGGCAGAUCAGGUACCAUAUCAGUGAACAGCAGGCGCACGCCAUUCACCGCCAGCGGGGAGAGUGAGAUCCUGGACCUGGAGGGGGACAUGUAUCUGGGCGGGCUACCAGAGAACCGUGCCGGCCUCAUCCUCCCCACUGAGCUCUGGACUGCCAUGCUCAACUACGGCUACGUGGGCUGCAUCCGUGACCUGUUCAUUGACGGGCGCAGCAAGAACAUUCGACAGCUGGCGGAGAUGCAGAACGCUGCGGGCGUCAAGUCCUCCUGUUCGCGGAUGAGCGCCAAGCAGUGCGAUAGCUACCCCUGCAAGAACAACGCGGUGUGCAAGGACGGCUGGAACCGCUUCAUCUGCGACUGCACGGGCACUGGCUACUGGGGAAGGACCUGUGAAAGGGAGGCGUCUAUCUUGAGCUACGAUGGCAGCAUGUACAUGAAGAUCAUCAUGCCCAUGGUCAUGCACACCGAGGCAGAAGAUGUCUCCUUCCGCUUCAUGUCCCAGCGAGCUUAUGGGCUGCUGGUGGCUACUACCUCCAGGGACUCUGCGGACACCCUGCGUUUGGAGCUGGAUGGGGGGCGUGUCAAGCUCAUGGUUAACUUAGACUGUAUCAGGAUAAACUGUAACUCCAGCAAAGGACCCGAGACCCUGUACGCGGGGCAGAAGCUCAAUGACAACGAAUGGCACACCGUCCGGGUGGUGCGGAGAGGAAAAAGCCUUAAGUUAACUGUGGACGAUGAUGUGGCUGAAGGUACGAUGGUGGGGGACCAUACCCGCUUGGAAUUCCACAAUAUUGAGACCGGAAUCAUGACAGAGAAACGUUACAUCUCCGUCGUCCCGUCCAGUUUCAUUGGCCACUUACAGAGCCUCAUGUUCAAUGGCCUGCUCUACAUUGACCUGUGCAAAAAUGGCGACAUCGAUUACUGCGAACUGAAGGCUCGUUUUGGACUGAGGAACAUUAUCGCUGACCCCGUCACCUUCAAGACCAAGAGCAGCUACCUGAGCCUGGCCACGCUCCAGGCCUAUACCUCCAUGCACCUCUUCUUCCAGUUCAAGACCACCUCAGCUGACGGCUUCAUUCUUUUCAACAGCGGCGACGGCAAUGACUUCAUUGCAGUUGAGCUGGUCAAGGGGUACAUACACUACGUGUUUGACCUUGGGAAUGGUCCCAACGUGAUCAAAGGCAACAGUGACCGCCCCCUGAAUGACAACCAGUGGCACAAUGUCGUCAUCACCCGGGACAACAGUAACACCCACAGCCUGAAAGUGGACACUAAGGUGGUCACUCAGGUUAUCAACGGGGCCAAAAAUCUGGAUUUGAAAGGUGACCUCUACAUGGCGGGUCUGGCCCAAGGCAUGUAUAGCAACCUUCCCAAGCUGGUGGCUUCCCGGGAUGGCUUCCAGGGCUGUCUGGCAUCUGUGGAUUUGAACGGGCGUCUGCCAGACCUUAUCAACGAUGCCCUCCAUCGGAGUGGACAGAUCGAGCGUGGCUGCGAAGGACCAAGUACCACCUGCCAGGAAGAUUCAUGUGCCAACCAGGGGGUCUGCAUGCAGCAGUGGGAAGGCUUCACCUGCGACUGCUCAAUGACGUCAUAUUCCGGAAACCAGUGCAAUGAUCCUGGCGCUACGUACAUCUUUGGGAAAAGCGGAGGCCUCAUCCUCUACACUUGGCCGGCCAAUGAUCGGCCCAGCACGCGUUCGGACCGCCUGGCCGUGGGCUUCAGCACCACCGUGAAGGAUGGCAUCUUGGUGCGCAUCGACAGUGCCCCGGGCCUCGGCGACUUCCUCCAGCUUCACAUAGAACAGGGGAAAAUUGGAGUUGUCUUCAAUAUUGGCACCGUUGACAUCUCCAUCAAGGAGGAGAGAACCCCCGUCAAUGAUGGUAAAUAUCACGUGGUGCGCUUCACCAGGAACGGCGGCAACGCCACACUCCAGGUGGACAACUGGCCGGUGAAUGAGCAUUACCCCACAGGCAACACUGAUAAUGAACGCUUCCAAAUGGUAAAACAGAAAAUCCCCUUCAAAUAUAACCGGCCCGUAGAGGAGUGGCUGCAGGAAAAAGGCCGGCAGUUAACCAUCUUCAACACCCAGGCGCAAAUAGCCAUUGGUGGGAAAGACAAAGGACGUCUCUUCCAAGGCCAGCUCUCUGGGCUCUAUUAUGAUGGUUUGAAAGUACUGAACAUGGCAGCUGAGAACAACCCCAAUAUUAAAAUCAAUGGAAGCGUCCGGCUGGUGGGAGAAGUCCCGUCAAUCUUGGGUACAACACAGACAACCUCCAUGCCACCAGAAAUGUCUACCACUGUCAUGGAAACCACCACUACAAUGGCUACUACCACAACCCGCAAAAAUCGCUCGACAGCAAGCAUUCAGCCAACAUCAGAUGACCUUGUUUCAUCUGCUGAAUGUUCAAGCGAUGACGAAGACUUCAUUGAAUGUGAGCCAAGUACAGGUAGGUUAGAUAAGAGUCUUUCCACUUCAAUCUUCGAAGGUGGCUACAAAGCACAUGCGCCCAAGUGGGAAUCCAAGGACUUUAGACCUAACAAAGUCUCCGAAACUAGUAGGACUACUACCACAUCUUUGUCCCCUGAGCUGAUCCGCUUCACAGCUUCCUCCUCGUCUGGGAUGGUGCCCAAAUUGCCAGCUGGCAAAAUGAAUAACCGUGAUCUCAAACCCCAGCCUGAUAUAGUCUUGCCUCCGUUGCCCACUGCCUAUGAGCUAGACAGCACCAAACUGAAGAGCCCACUAAUUACUUCCCCCAUGUUCCGUAAUGUGCCCACAGCAAACCCCACGGAGCCGGGAGUCAGACGGGUUCCGGGGGCCUCAGAGGUGAUCCGGGAGUCGAGCAGUACAACAGGGAUGGUCGUCGGCAUUGUGGCUGCUGCUGCCCUCUGCAUCUUGAUCCUCCUGUAUGCCAUGUACAAGUACAGGAACAGGGACGAGGGGUCCUAUCAAGUGGACGAGACGCGGAACUACAUCAGCAACUCGGCCCAGAGCAAUGGCACGCUCAUCAAAGAGAAGCAGCAGAGCUCAAAGAGCGGCCACAAGAAACAGAAAAACAAGGACAAGGAGUAUUACGUGUAAAAAUGACACCGCUCACAGUCACGUGAAUUUAUGACACAGAAUUAUUUCUAUAUACAUCUAUAAAUACUUGGAAAAUGAACUUCACAGAUGUCAGAACUGUGAUUACUAUGAGAUGGGGUGUACCAUGACUACGGUGGGGAAAACCAUUUUUAAAAGGACGCACACAAAGAUGUACCUACCUAUAAAAUUCAGCCAUGGCUGCUUUGAUUCAGUCAUUGCUCGGAGACAGAACAUUCUCUCUGCCCUGCUGUAUCAUAAAGCACACACUCUGCGCUCUGGAGCAAGCCGAUGGCUCCCCCACUUUCGCGGACUUGGAAGCUUCCUUCUCUUGAGGACUUUUCACCCAAGGUAGAAGACUUCAUGGCUUACUUGUUCCAUAACUCCAAGUGAGUCUGUAAUGAUGUUUGUGAAGCUUGACUGUAACGAUGUUUUUUCUUUUCUUUUGGUUUAAUUAUGUAAAAA